AUUCAGUCGCGAAAGUCAUCUCGGCGAGUUUACACGUGUUUCCGUCCGCUACUAUCGAAUCCGUUUUCCAAACUUGUUCGUGAGGCUUCUGAGCAGUUUGGCGCGGGGUGGCGGUUUUAAUUUUGCAUAAUCUUCCACGCGAAGCGUCAUCUGUGCGUUACGGAUGUGGUUAAUUUAUUUUCUGUUUGCCGAAAACAGCUGUGCAGUUUAGUGGUCCCAAUCCCGGUGGAUACUUUCACGAAUAGAAUUGUAACGGAGGAGAAGACAAGUUCGGUGCGUGAGCGGGUUUCGGUUUGUUCUUGGCAGAUAACCGUAGACAUUUGGAACGAGCUAUCGUUAACGUGUCGUCUGCUGUCUGGAAAGCACCGCUCAAACGACAGACUUUCAUUCGCUGAUACCUGUGGAGAAAUUUGUCAAACGAUGCAAAACCAAAAUACGAAACAAGUGAUCAAAACAAAACCGAGAAUAUUCGUAUGAAUCACACUUGAAUGGAUAGCGAUCGAAGUGUAGUGUUAACUGAACACAAUCCCAGUGUUUAGUCUAGUGGCUUAACAUUUUGUCGAUUUCAGUCGGGUUGGCGAUUUGUGGCAUUCCUGCGUUUGGAUCGUCGAUGCUUUGAUUGAGUUUUGAUACUGAGUGAUUGGCGAUAGUGACGUUAGUGUCGCGCUGCAGAAUUCGGUGGAUACAUCAGUAUCGCGAAGAGAGUGCAAACAUCAGCACCUAAGGCGGAAUAUGAUGGGAAGCACAAGCGAGAAGAGUGAAAUAGUGUAAAAUUUGUGCUUCACAAAACAAACAUUCGAAGCGAAACUCGUUUCCUCCCCUUCUUCACAUCGAGUGGUUUGCGAACGCCUCGGAAAAGGGUGUAUAAUAGUGGAGCGGCAGUGGCAGUCCGGGGAGGUUCAAUUCUGUGCUUUCGCAAGCGAAUAGAUCGAAAAAGGAGUAAGUGAAAUGUAAUGAAAUCUAAUAUUAAAGGUAAUAUAAUGAGAGGGAAGGUGAAAUAAAAACGUACGAUGGCAAAUGUUUGCUGUUUGGUAGUGCAAGUGGUGUUCGGUGGUUACGAUUACAUAAAGUAGUGCGCAUACACGUUUUUGAAGGUGGUCUGACGUUCGUUACUUGAUUCGACUUAAAACGUGCUGAAGGUCGACACACGGAUUCAUCUCACUGAAACUGCCACACAUUUUGGACGAAUGCCGAUUUACGCUCGAUGUCUCUGAGGUGGCUGUUGAUGACGCAGACGAGGUCAACGUCACCGUGUCAGCUUAGCUUGGGGAGACGAUUGGCGGCAUUGGCGGUAACCCGAGAUGUGCGAUAAAUGUGGGUCGAGUGCCACCAGCAGCCGUCGUAAACUUGGGAUAGCAACAGUUCCUGUGUUUGUCGUGUAGAAAACUAGUUAAUUCAGAGGUCAUGCCAGCGCUGCGUUUGUUCGGCCGGAAAUGGUUAGCCGCGUCGGACGACCUUGUAUUUCCGUGUCUGUUCGAGAUCGUGUUCCGUAUCGUAUGGCUUGGGCUGAUAUCAUGCGUGACGUCGACGUAUUGGAGCGUGACCGCGGAGUGCGAUGAACAGGCCGGGUUGGCUGUUCGCAUCUACCUAGUAGGAACCCUAGUGUUAAUUAUAGUAAACAUAGUUCUACUCGUACUGCUAGUGAAUCGGAGUGCCCAGGGUAGCAUUACCGAGGUGCAGAAGCGCCGACUGGUGGCACCACUUUUGGUGAUUAAAAUACUUUUAAUUCUGCCAGAGACUGGACUGAACAUCUUCGGCACGAUGUGGGCCUUCUGUGGGACCAUCGAGUGCAAGAGUGAAGACAAAAUUACGCGAACUGUGAUCGAAGCAAUUGUACUAUUCAACUGGGUAGUGUUUGCGCUUAUAAUCUUCGGAUUAGCAAUAGUAUUCGACCCGCUCGGGUCAGCCAAAUAUAAGAAUGGCAGGGAUAGCAAUGACAACGGUCCGAUGGAAUCGGCAAUCCACCGAAAACUGUCGAAGCUGUGGUUCCGUCGGUUCCGGUGGGCGUUCUGUUGCCUUCGGAAGGACGAGUUUGGCCACGAGGCUUUCACACAGGUUGCGAGUCUGCUGAGUGCGUUGUUUCGGGGGACGGAUCUGGUACCGUCGGAUAUAAUGGCAGGCUGUGUUCUGCUGAGGGUUCGCCAGAAGAGGGAAACGCGCGAGAUGCGAAGGAUACGAAUGCUGAACGACGAGGGGCCAAGAUAUUCCACCGACAUCACGAGGGUGUUUGCCACAUCGCCAUCCUGGAUGACUAUCAAGAACGCGAGGCACUUUUUGCGGUUCGCAUUGGCAGCCUACGGCUGGCCAAUGGUAUGCUACAUGCAUUGCUGCACGGGGCCGUAUCGGUUGGUUCCGAAAAUGACAUGCUGCGCGUGUUUCCGUCGGAAGCCGCAAAUCAUCAUCGACGACAAUUGCUGUCUGUGCCACGUGUCCGGCGUCCGAUACACGUCGCGAGUGCGGAGUGAGGAUGUGCUGCAUGCCUCGUUCAAAAAUCAUGUGUUUGAGCUACCAUUUUGCAUACUGGUAGACCACAGCACUAAAAGUAUCGUCAUAUCGAUCCGAGGCAGUUUGUCGAUGCGCGAUGUGUUCACCGAUUUGGUCGCGAAUGCGGAACGCUUCGACGCACCCGGGAUGCCUCCGGAAUCGUCCGCCCAUCGGGGCAUGGUAGCCGGUGUGGAUUGCAUGCUGAAACGUCUACGGGAAGGAAAUAUGCUCGAGAGGAUUUUCAACACCUAUCCGGAGUACACGCUGGUACUGACGGGGCACAGCUUGGGCGCCGGAGUAUCAAUCCUGCUGGCGGCGCGGCUAAGGAAUCGUUUCCCUGAUUUGCGGGUUUAUGCCUUUGCCACCCCGGCUGGGUUGCUGAGUCGUGAAGCGGCACGAUAUACCGAGAGCUAUGCGUUCACCAUCGGGGUCGGAGACGACUUCGUGAUGCGGUUGGGGGUGGAUUCGAUCGAGAAUCUGCGCACCAGUGUUAUCGAAACGAUACGGGCCUGCAAGUUACCGAAGUGGCGAAUAAUGUUGAACGGUUUUGGAUACGCCCUGUUCGGUGUACCUUCGCGGGAUCUGGAAACCACAUGGCGCGAUGUGACGGAAAUCACGCGAAAAGCCGGUCAAAGUCCGCUGCUCAAUGAGAGGCCAAUUCAGACGGUGGCUGCUGCUGAAUCGGGGGUACUGACAAGUGAAAUCUCCAAACGACGCUUCGCCAAAACUCGUCUCUACACAGGAGGGAGAAUCUUACACAUCGUGAGGCGCAAGAAAACUGAACUCGAAAAGAAAACCAACACGGGCGGUCCCACCUUCGAGAUGCGCUGGGCUACGGCGGAGGACUUCAUGGAGCUCAAAGUAAUGCCCCGGAUGCUGUUGGACCAUCUGCCGGAUAACGUUUUUAAAACACUGACAACCAUUCUCGAGGAGCAGAAAACUCACAACGGAUCAAUACUCUCUCUGCAGGAGAUUUGAGGAGGGCGGUGUGGAAAUAGGAAUGCCAAAAGAACCAAUGGUUAGGUAAUGGUUGGUGACAAACAAACCCCAGUUAUGUAGUUCAUAAGUGCCUUAAGAAUCUUGCCGUUUGCGUAUACAAUGUUAUUUUAACGUCCAAAUUUUAAACGUCGCGCGUAGAUCUAAGUUGAUCUACAAUGUUUUAGAAUAGAUAUAUUUACCAGAAACCUAUGAAAUAGGAGUUACAUUCUUGUCUUCAUCGUACCUUAGGUGGUAAAUCAUAGAUGUAUCGCUCUCUCUCUCUGUGUUUAGUUAAGUUUUAGACCGAUUUUGCUCACUAAUAGUAGUCUAAGGUCGCGGCGGAUUUCAUCUGAGUUCCAACUUCUCCAUUAAUCAUUCCAUCGUAUAGAUCUGAAUAGCCUAAAAAAAUGUUGUUCAUUCAACUGUGUAUAAGUAUUGUUCCGAGGUAAGCAUAAUGCUGCACCCAAAACAGUUCAGUUCAGGAGUCUCAAACAGACGCACUGUAUUGUAAGUAAGACAAGUAUUUACUCAAUUGUAUUGAUUUUUUGAGGAUCGCGGAGACGUAUUUUUGGAGGUAUUUUAUUUUAGGCUACGGCAUACGAGAGUUUGUAAGACGACAAUGCGGCAAAGCUGUGUAUUUGAUGAUUGUCAAUUUUGGUUGUGAUAUAAUUGCUGUUUAAUAUUUAUCUGAAGCAAUGAAGAUUGAUGUGAUGUUAUUGUACAUCCAGUGUUGAAUGGAAUUGAAAUGUAUAAUGUAAUAUUUGUA